AUGUUAACACCGCCGGGCGAAGAGAAGCCCCAGAAGCGAGUGAGGUUCCGCGUGGCUUCGGGGAACAGUGGUCGGGUGCUGAAGGAGAUUUUUAAAGAUAGGGGGCCAUCUGACUCGUUGGAUUCAGAUUGUACCAGUAGUUCGGAUGCGGACCGGGCCAGUACGCAUUCCACAAGUGGAGAUGCUAACGGACAUGGUUUUCUACAUGGGUUUCUGGGCUCCGAGUUGGAUGAUAGCGAGAGCGAGCGGGAUGAUUUGCUCAUGCAUGCUGGGGCCUCAAAGGACAGAGCACCGAUUAGCCACAAGCAUGUCAACAUCCUCAGCAAAAAUGGGACUGUAAGGGGGGUCAAGCACAAAGUCAGUGCAGGUCAGGUCUUAUUUGAAAACCUCCCUAAUGCAUUGGCUCAGCCCGAGUUGACACUAGAAUUUGGGCGGAUAGUGAUCUACACCACCAGCUUUCGAGUGGUAAGGACCACGUUUGAACGGUGUGAGUUGGUCCGGAAGAUCUUUUCAAACCACAGGGUCAAGUUUCUGGAGAAGAAUAUAGCCCUGGACUGUGAGUAUGGGAAGGACCUGGAAGAACGAUGCAAGCGUGUGGGCGAACCUCUCUCGCUACCAGUCGUGUUCAUCGAUGGACACUAUCUCGGGGGUGCUGAGAAAAUAUUGGACAUGAAUGAAUCAGGAGAACUUCAGGAUCGUCUGGCCAAAAUUGAGAAGUUACAGCCCCCCCACACGUGCCAGACCUGUGGGGGCUUUGCCUUCGUCCCGUGCCCCAUGUGCCAUGGUAGCAAGUUGUCAGUUUUCCGCAACUGCUUCACAGACUCGUUCAAAGCCCUGAAGUGCACCUGGUGCAACGAGAAUGGCCUGCAGCCCUGUUCCAGCUGCAGCCAAUGAUAACUCUAAGUGCCUGAUCGAAAUAUCCCCCUUCCCCAGACCCUUCACCAAGUCCACACAAUGUAUGGUGUCCAUAUUAGGACAGCCAGAAAUACAAGUCCAAGUGAGACUGAGGCUGUCCUAAUAUGGACACUGUACGGAUUGGACUGUGUCAGAGAUAAGACUUGGUUUUUCACACCACGGUUUAUCCUCCAUGGGAGAUUGUCAAUAAAAUUGUCUGUAAAUGGG